AUGCUCACCAAGACCAACUACUCCAACUGGGCACUGCUCAUGAAGGUCAAGCUCAGAGCCCGGUUGCUCUGGACCGCCAUUGAGAAAGGGGGCGUCGAACCCCAUGAAAACAUGCAGGCGCUCGACGCGCUCUGCAGCGCCGUGCCGCCGGAAAUGUGGCCGGUGAUCGCGAACAAGGAGACGGCCAAGGAGGCCUGGGAGGCUAUCGCCACCAUGCGGAUCGGCGAUGACCGCGUAAAGAAGACGUCGGCUCAGAACUUGCGGCGGCAGUUCGACUCGGCGACGUUCAAGGAGGGAGAGUCUGUUGAGGACUACGCGCUGCGUCUCAACAGCAUGGCGUCGACUCUCACCACCCUCGGCGACAAGGUCAAAGAGACGCAGGUAGUGGAGACGAUAAUCCGCAGUGUUCCCCAGCGUUUCAGGCAGAUCGUGGUCGCGAUCACGAUGCUGCUCGACGUGUCGACGCUCACCGUCGUGGAUUUGACGGGUCGGCUCAAGGCGGCGGAGGAUGCCUUCGAGGAACCGCCGUCGGCUAUGCAACACGACGGCAAGCUGUACCUGACCGAGGAAGAGUGGGACGCACGGCGGAGGAAGCGUGAUGCUGAGAAAACUGGUGGUGGAGGUAGCAGCAGCGUGACGCCUCGUGGCAGACAUGGGCGCGGGCGCGGGCGCGACCGUGGCAGCGACAAGGGCUCGUCAUCAGGCGGCCUGACGGGCAACUCAGGCCGGCCCAGCGGUGAUGAGUGCAGGAGAUGCGGGAAGCUAGGCCACUGGGCCUGCGAGUGCCGCUCCAAGCCCAAGAAAGAGCAGGCCCACGUCGUCCAGAAUGAGGAGGAGGCCUCGCUCCUUUUCGUGAAGUCAACGACGGCCAUAUCGACGGCGCCGCCACCAACCUCCACUCCACCACGUUUUGCUGUGACUCCGCAGGCAAAGGAUCGGCUCCGGCGUGCAAGCCCACCGCCGCCGGGAGCAAAAGGGGUCCCCGUCAAUGGAGGGGCCGCCAAAGAAGAGAAGAAGCCAGGCGCCCAGACCCAGAUCCAUCUGCGGGAAGAGAAGGUGUUCGCCCACCUUGAAGAGGAGGAGAUGCGUGAUGAGGAGGCGUGGGUCGUGGACACGGGCGCCACGAACCACAUGUCGGGUCCCCGUACGGCUUUCACCGAGCUGGACACGGAGGUACUUGGGACGGUGCGGUUCGGCGACGACUCGGUGGCGCGGAUCGAAGGCCGGGGGGCAAUCGUGUUCCUGUACAAGAACGGCGAGCACCGGUCCUUCGCGGGGGUGCAUUACAUUCCCCGACUGACGACGAACAUCGUCAGCGUCGGCCAACUCGAUGAGGCCGGGUACCAUAUCGACAUCGAGAAGGGGGCGAUGAAGAUCCAUGAGCCAGGCGGACGGCUCCUGGCGAAGGUCAUGCGCGGAGAGAACCGGCUGUACAUUCUCCACGCCAAGCUAGUUCUGCAGGUGUGCCUGGAGGCGCGGGCAGUCGAAGAAGCUUGGAAAUGGCACGCGCGCCUCGGAUAUGUCAACAUGACCGCGCUGCGGAAGAUGGCUCGGGAGGAGCUGGUGCGCGGGUUGCCGGCAGUUGGUCAGGUGGACCAGCUGUGUGAGGCGUGUCUCGCUGGCAAGCAGAAGCGGUCGCCGUUCCCCGAGCAGGGAGAGUACCGGGUGUUCUGGAGCUGGUGCACAGCGACCUCUGUGGUCCGAUUGCGCCGGAAACGCCAAACGGCAGCAAGUACUUCCUGCUGCUCGUGGAUGAUCGAAGCCGGUACAUGUGGGUGGCCAUGCUGCCUUCAAAGGACCGUGCUGCGGUGGCCAUCAAGGAGAAAGAAGAUCAAGGCUCGGGCAGAAGGCGAGUCAGGACUGAAGCUGGGAGCGCUCCGUACUGAUCGGGGCGGCGAAUUCACCUCACAUGAGUUCGCGGAGUACUGCGCGGGAGAAGGUAUUCAUCGUCAACACACGGCGCCAUACAGCCCGCAGCAGAAUGGCAUCGUCGAGCGCAGGAACGGCACGGUGGUAGCAACCGCGAGGAGCAUGCUCAAGGCAAAGGGGCUGCCGGGCUGGUUUUGGGGUGAGGCAGUGACAACUGCUGUAUACAUCCUGAACCGGUGUCCGACGAAGAGCGUGGACGACAUGACGCCUUUCGAGGUAUGGCACGGGAAGAAGCCGGCGGUGCACCAUCUGAAGGUGUUCGGAUGCAUCGCCUACGUCCUGAACACGACACCGCAUCUCAAGAAGCAGCUGGAGGACCGCGGCCGCAAGAUGAUCUUCAUCGGCUACGAGUGCGGAUCAAAGGCCUACCGUGCCUACGAUCCCACCACGAGGCGUGUCCAUGUGACACGGGACGUGGUGUUCGACGAAAAUGCCCAGUGGGAUUGGGCAGCGGCGCGGAGCAGGGGGAUGUGGGCAGCCACGACGACAUGUUCACAUUGGAGUAUGCCGUCGGGAACCAGGUACCUCCGGAGCUCGAUGGCGCCAUCGAGGUACUUGAUGAUGAUGCGCCAGGACCGGAGCCGAUGUCGCCACCGUCCGUGCACUACAGUGGGGGAGCGGUGCCGAUUGAAGAUGGAGGAGAGGAGGUGGAGUUCGCCACUCCACCCAGUGUCCACAUCGACCACCUGGAUGCUAAUCACGAUGAUGCGCCACUCCGGUUCCGCAAGAUCGACAACAUCGUUUGA